AUGGGGAAGGGGGGCAACCAGGGCGAGGGCGGCCCCGAGCGCGAGACGACCAUGCCCACCUUCAGCUGGGAGGAGAUUCAGAAGCACAACCUGCGCACGGACAAGUGGCUUGUCAUCGAACGCAAGGUCUACAACAUCACCAAAUGGUCCAGCCGGCACCCGGGGGGCCACCGCGUCAUCGGGCACUACGCGGGGGAAGAUGCUACGGACGCCUUCCGCGCCUUCCACCCCAACCUCGAUUUUGUGCGCAAGUUCAUGAAGCCCCUGCUGAUCGGGGAGUUGGCCCCAGAAGAGCCCAGCCAGGACCGUGGCAAGAACUCUCAGAUCACUGAGGACUUCCGGGCCCUGAGGAAGACAGCCGAGGACAUGAAGCUGUUCCAGACCAACCACCUGUUCUUCCUGCUGCACCUGGCCCACAUCGUCGUCAUGGAGAGCAUCGCAUGGUUCGUCAUCUUCUACUUCGGCAACGGCUGGAUUCCGACACUCGUCACGGCCUUUGUCCUUGCUACCUCUCAGGCUCAAGCUGGAUGGCUGCAGCAUGACUAUGGCCACCUCUCUGUCUACAAGAAGUCCAGGUGGAAUCACAUUGUCCACAAGUUCAUCAUUGGCCACUUGAAGGGUGCCUCAGCCAACUGGUGGAACCAUCGCCACUUCCAGCAUCACGCCAAGCCCAACAUCUUCCACAAGGACCCAGAUGUGAACAUGCUGCAUGUGUUUGUUCUGGGCGAGUGGCAGCCCAUUGAGGACUUGGCCUGGGCCGUCAGCUACUAUGCCCGUUUCUUCAUCACCUACAUCCCUUUCUAUGGUGUCCUGGGAGCCCUCCUCUUCCUCAACUUCAUCAGGUUCCUGGAGAGCCACUGGUUUGUGUGGGUCACUCAGAUGAAUCACAUCGUCAUGGAGAUUGACCGCGAGCCUUACCGUGACUGGUUCAGCAGCCAGCUGGCCGCCACCUGCAACGUGGAGCAGUCCUUCUUCAACGACUGGUUCAGUGGGCACCUCAACUUCCAGAUUGAGCACCACCUCUUCCCCACGAUGCCUCGGCACAAUUUCCACAAGAUCGCCCCCCUGGUGAAGUCCCUGUGCGCCAAGCAUGGCAUUGAGUACCAGGAGAAGCCACUGCUGAGGGCCCUGCUGGACAUCGUCGGCUCCCUGAGGAAGUCUGGACAGCUGUGGCUGGACGCCUACCUCCACAAAUGA